GCUUUUCAUUUUUUUCUUCUUUCGCUCAUUGAUGAAUCCAAACAAGCGCUCACGAGACACGUUCGAAUCAACUCAACAGUCGUUUCUAGACUCGAUGGUUCCAGCAGACACAGCCGUUGAAAGUUCUCCUUCAUCUGUACCGGUCGACUUGGACUCGAGAAACGAUGCACGUCCUUUGAUGGCUAUUAGGGAGGGAACAAGUGUUCCAAUAGAACUUGGCUUAUGCGUGCUUGACGUUCGCAGUAACGAGUGUCACUUGUCCCAGAUGAUGGACUCGCAGUUAUACGUCCGGACAUUGCAGAAAAUACAUCUCUAUGAACCACAGAAGAUUCUCCUACCGGAACGUCGAACUCCACUUGUCAAAAGCAGAGUCUACCAACUUAUUAAACAACACUUUCCCGCCAUAGCCGUCAGCACACUGAAACCUCAGUAUUUCAAAUGUGAUGAAGGUUUAAACAUUCUCAAGAAACAUGGAUUGAAAAAGGAUGUCACUCCGCUGUUAAUGACCUUGUCAAGCCGCCUGCGAUGUCUCGAAUCGGCUUGCGCUGUCUUUAGCUAUUGCGCUGAAACCGAAAAUAUCACAUUCGAGGAAAAUACUGUGAAAUUGAUUUACGAAGCUGCUCAGGAAUGCAUGCUUAUCGAUACUGUGACUGCACGAAACCUAGAGCUGGUGUCAAGCAUUGACGGUCGAAAGAGUGAUUCACUCUUUGGCGUGAUGGAUCAAACCGUGACACCUAUGGGAGCCCGUUUUUUGCGUGCAAAUAUUCUUCAGCCCAGCAAUCAUAUAGAAACAAUAACCGACCGCUUGGAUGCUGUGCAAUAUUUCAUCGACAACGAACAAGCCCUCUUAGAAAUUCGAUCCUUUCUGUCGAACCUCGCUGAUCUGGAGAAAGUCGUUUUUGAUAUUGCCAAAAUGCCGACACAACAAACGACGAAAUACGUGGAAUCGAGGCUCAACCGGUUGCUUGCGCUCAAAAUGGCUAUCAAAGGUGUGGAUCGUAUAGCCGUCAAACUGUGUGGCGCAAUACCUACGCUGCUGAGAACAAUUAAAGACAUCUUGUCCGAUCCACAAAUAGAUGAGAUUGGAAAUAUUAUCAAUGAAAAAUUCAACGAAGAUCUAUCCAUGGAGACAAGUCGUAUUGGAAUAAAAAACCAGCGAUGUUAUGCGGUCAAGUCGAAAAUCAACCACUUUUUAGAUGUGGCUCGCCAGACGUACAAGGAAACGAUCGAUGAUAUUUAUGAGCUCGCCAAUGAAUACGCAGAAACUUCGCAGUUGAAACUCAAGCUUCGAAUGGACAGCAGACACCGAUUUUAUCUCUAUGUAUCAAAGCAACAAUUGGGGAGCCAAGCGUUACCAAGUGAGUUUACCAACAUUGUUGUGACAAAAGCGGGGUUUACUUUCACCACCUUGGAACUGUUGCAGAAAAACAGCCGUUUGCAAGAGUCCUUAGCUGAGAUGUAUCUCAUGUCCGACAGUAUCGUGACAGAAACACUGAAAAAGGUGUGCACCAAAGUCAGCAUCAUGUACAAAGUCGUGACCGCCAUUGCUUCUUUGGAUUUGGCUACCACGUUUGCUAUGAACAUUAAAGCGACUGAUCGUGACUACGUGCGGCCUGAUUUUUCAAACAUAUUCGCCAUCAAAUCAGGAAGGCAUCCCAUUCUGGAUUAUAUCCGUCCGACUCCCGUGGUUCCCAAUGACGCUUAUGCUUCAUUGUCAACGAGCUUCCAAUUUAUCACAGGACCGAACAUGAGCGGCAAAUCAACCUACAUCAAACAAAUUGCUUUACUUGUCAUCAUGGCGCACAUGGGAUCCUUUAUUCCUGCUGAAUAUGCGUCCGUACGACCAUGUGAUCAGUUGUUGUCCCGAUUAACCAAUGACACGGACCUUAUUGUGGGUACGUCUUCAUUCAUGACGGAAUUGCUUGAAACCGCCUACUUGCUACGUAAUGUAACCCCUUCAAGCCUGGUCAUAAUUGACGAACUUGGAAGAGGUACAUCGCCCACGGAUGCAUUUGGUAUCGCUGGUGCAGUUGCGGAAGAGCUGAUCAAGACAAACUCUUACUGCUUUUUUGCCACUCAUUUGCAUCAGCUUACGGAUGCCUUCAAGAGAUAUCCAAACGUCGUUCACUUGCAGCUCAAAGUGGAUGUGAUUGAUGAUGAUACAGACAACAGCUGCCAAAUGAACUUCAUGUACACUAUCAGUGAUGAAGAAAGUGAUCCCGUGAAGCAUUAUGGGCUCAAAACGGCACAACUCAUUGGAUUUCCCAAAGAGAUCAUCGCUUGUGCAACCCGAAUUACUACAGCAUUUGAACAGCGUGCAUGUUCGAUGAGCGAAGCAUCCAGGCAGAAAGACAGGAAACAUAAAGCUUUAUUAUGGUGGGCAGACAAAUUUCUGCAAAUGGAUGAAACGGUGUCCGAGAACGAGUUUUCCGAGCAGGUGGAUCGAUUACAACAGCAACUGAUGCAACAAUGGGCUUUACUAUGAUCUUUCAUAUUGAACAAAAAUUCAACAAGCCAAAAACAAGAGGGAAAGAAAAGCGGUUAUCCUUGACGCCAAGGCGCUUUUUUGCAUGGUAGCGUAAAUUAAAUCACGACGCAGAAUUUCAUGAAUGCUACAGCGAUUUUUAUCAUCUGCUUAUUUCAAGAUAAAUGUGC